CAAAUUCCUCUGGUUUUAUGAGUAAUAAAGUCAAAUCUGGUACAAAUUCUGGAAGCAUUUUGAAUUCACUUCAGUGUACAUAUAAUCAUGUAUUUCAUCCCACGUUUACAGACUCCACAUUUCCUUUCUUGCAGGAUAAAAGCCUGCAAUAUGGACAUUUUUGGAGCUAAACGUUUGGAGAACUUCAACUCUUCUGCAUUUAAUUUAUUCAUUAUCCCGUUAAUAUUUAGUACAUCUAUCCAGAGUGACUAACAAGUAAAUAAUAAUAGUGAUUUAUUAUCAGUGGCUGUGCAUUGAUCUUUUUUGUUCUUUGCUACAUUUCUCUAUAAAUAUUAUCUGUGCAGCAUCUUGCUCCAACACACUGCAACAGUUUUGCCAUUUGCAAGUUUUAUUUUGAAAGUCCCCACAGGAUGUCCCCUCAUUGUUGUGUCUGACUCGACUCUGGAAACAUCUUUUACUGUACUUCAUGCCAAGCAAGGAGCAGCUGCAGAGGAACAUGUGGAAUAUUUUCCUGCAAACAAGCUGACUGUGCAGACGCAAGGAUGUCCUGGCCCGCUCUGUACGCUCAGCUGGUCGGGGCCAACCGUCACUCCACCAGCCUGGGGAAGAUCUGGCUCUCUGUGCUCUUUAUUUUCCGGGUCCUGGUGCUGGUUGUUGCAGCUGAGAGCGUUUGGGGGGACGAGCAGUCUGACUUCACCUGCAACACUCUGCAGCCCGGCUGUGAAAACGUCUGCUACGAUCAGUUCUUCCCCGUCUCACACAUCCGUCUCUGGUGUCUCCAGCUCGUCUUCGUCUCCACGCCGACGCUCCUGGUGGCGAUGUACGUGUCCUACAGAAACCACCGGGACAAGAAGAGGCUGCUGCAGGCCUCAGGCAGAGCUGGUUUCCUGAGCAGUAAAAGUCCUGAUGAAGACCUGGAGACCCUGAAGAGACGCAGGCUGCCGAUAGCUGGCGCCCUCUGGUGGACGUACGCCUUCAGCCUGCUGUUCAGGCUGCUGUUUGAAGGAGGCUUCAUGUACGCUCUCUACAUGGUCUACGAUGGUUUCCAGAUGCCGCGGCUGGUGCAGUGCGACCAGUGGCCGUGUCCCAACCUGGUGGACUGCUUCAUCUCCCGGCCCACCGAGAAAACCAUCUUCACCGUCUUCAUGGCCACGGCCUCGUCCAUCUGCAUGGUGCUGAACAUGGCGGAGCUGGCCUAUCUGGUAGCCAAAGCUGUCACCAGGAGUCUGAGCGCUCAGAAGGAGAGAAAAUCCUGCAGGAAGUCAAGUCGAGAGAAGCUGCAGAACAAAAGCAACCACAAGCUGCUGGUCUCCACCUGACGGAGCUGCAGAAAGGUGGAGAAUACACACAGAGUUCAGAGACUUUAAAGACUUUAAAGUGGAAUAAUUCAAACAGUGAACGUGUUCUAUGAUACCUGAGGUGUUAAUGAGGCCUUCAGUGGUGGAGACGAUGAAUCACAACAAGUUAAAACUGUAUUUUUACAUGAUAACGUCUGAAAUUCACUCACCAUUCCCCACAAAUAAAGUUUCAUCUCAUCUUAAUUGUAUGUUUUUUAGUUAAUAAUUUAAUGAUAGUAAUAAUAAUAUCAAUGGACCUGUGAUGAAAAGGACAGAAAUGAGGGAAACACAUAUAUUAUAUAUAUUUAUAUGUCCUGUGGGGACCUCUGGUGGCGGCAGCAGGAACUGCAGCACAUUCACAGCUCCGAUAAAUAUAUUAAAUAUAAAAAACAAAUAUUCAUAUCAGCACCA